AUGAAGACCACCGUCGUUCUCUCCGCCGUCCUCGGCCUCGUCUCCUCGGCCUCGGCCCACUACACCUUCGACAAGCUCCUCGUCAACGGCGUCCAGCAGGGCGGCGACAACACCUACAUCCGCAAGCACCAGAACAGCUACAUGCCCACCAAGUUCAAGAACACCCCCUCGGGCUCCAUCACCCCGACCGACGCCGACUUCACCUGCAACAAGGGCGCCGCCGCCGCGCCCCAGGUCAUGAAGGUCAAGGCCGGCGACAAGGUCGGCCUCAAGCAGGCCUACGGCGGCACCGGCAUGAAGCACCCGGGCCCCGCCCAGGUGUACAUGAGCCCCGUCGCCGACGCCAAGACGGACAAGGGCACCGGCUCGUGGUACAAGGUCCACGAGGCCCUCCUCUGCACCGCCGGCAGCGCCGAGUCCCUCCGCACCGACGCGUGGUGCGUCUACGGCGAGGACAACGUCUCCUUCACCGUCCCCGCCACGAUCCCCGACGGCCAGUACCUCGUCCGCGGCGAGCACGUCGGCCUCCACGGCGCCCACGACGGCCAGGCCGAGUUCUACUACGCCUGCGCCCAGGUCGAGGUCUCGGGCAACUCGGCGACCAGCAUGCCCGGCACCGCGGUCAAGAUCCCCGGCGUCUACAAGCAGGCCGACGCCGCCGUCAACUUCAGCCUCUGGGGCUCCUCCACCUCGUACCCGACCACCCCCGGCCCCGACGUCAUCCCCGGCGGCACCGUCCGCGGCAGCGCCGACGGAUCCGGCGGCGACAAGAUCACCACCGUCUCCGGCGGUAGCAACGCCGCCUCCAACGUCGGGGCUGAGGCUGCUGCCACUCCCAACUGCAAGCACUAG